AUGCUUACUGCUUGUACAGACCCUCUCGCCCUCACCAAGGCGAAGAAGCGGCCUCGCUCUCAAGGCUCAACAGCUUCCAUCCACAGCGCCGCAACACAACCAAAUCUCGACCACGCGUUUACUGACGUGCCCGAAGUCUACCAAUCCCAAUGGAUUCCGAACGAUCACAGCCGAACCCGAGACCUUGGCCACCCGACCGCCCAGAUGACACAAGACGACAUGGUGCUGGCCUCCCAGUUGCACACUAGCCGCGAGUUCGCCAUGGAUUCACAGGUCAACGCUUCGAUGCAGAACGUUCAAUAUCAUGGCAGCCACAGCAUGAGCCGCCAGUCUUUGUCCGCCGAUUCCUUUGCCGGAAACACCAGUUUUGUGGAGGACAGUCAGAUGGUGGACCAUGACGGCAACAACGACCACGGCUCCUACGUUGGAAUGACAUCGCAAUCUAAGGGGGGGUCACGCUCGAGUGCGAACAACGAAGUGGAAAUGCGUCAGCUAUAUGUCGCCAACAGACACAGGAAUCUUCAGGAGGUUGCAGAGGAGCUGCACGGCAACGAGCGUGGGCCCAAUUCAGAACGAACCCGCCAGGUUUUCGCAAUGCUUUGGAUCAGUCAAGUCUGCUCAAAGGGCAAGGGAUCGGUACCUAGAGGGAGGGUUUACGCCAACUAUGCCUCCAGGUGUGCGACCGAGAGGAUAACAGUCCUGAAUCCUGCCAGUUUUGGAAAGCUUGUCCGGGUUCUUUUUCCCGGACUGAAAACUCGUCGCCUUGGUGUUCGGGGAGAGUCAAAAUAUCAUUACGUCAACUUUCAACUUCGAGAAGACCAGCCUGAUGUGCGAGAUGUCUCGACACAACCGCAAGUUUCCCCAACAGAGGAGCAGUCCUUCUCCCAAACUUUUAACACGGCACCGGACAAUACAAUGACAACCGAACGCCCUGUACUCCCCACGCCUGACCUGGGGCAGCAACCGGAGACCCGGGUCAGGCGGCCGCAUGAAUAUGUUCACAGGCUGUACAACCAAGUCCAGGUGGCCAACAUUGACCAGCUUAGCACGACGGUAACCAAGACAGUACAGAGGCUUUGUUUUGCCGCGGAAACCGAGGAGACAUUCCAGCAGUCCGACCCUCUCGUCCUACCACGUAUCGAGCCAUUUCUACCCAAAAAUACCGAUCCGGACGCUGCCAAGUCGCUGGCUGCGCUCUACAGGUCACACUGUACGUCUCUGGUGGAAUGCAUUCGGUAUUGUAAAGAGAAGACUUUCUUCCACCUUUACACCUCAUUCCAGGGCACUCUCACAAUGCCGGUCCAGAAGCUAUUCAGCAACCCGGCUGUUGCACCUUGGAUAGAGGAGUGCGACUUUGUUCUCUACCAGCGCAUGAUGCGCAUUGUCUCGAGCCUGGUCCUCCAGGUGGUUCCCAAGACGGUGCUCGAUACGCUGAGGAACAUAGCAGAUAAGCUCGUCCCACACAUUCGCGAUUCCUUUCAAGGACAACCUCCUCACGUUCUCAAGGCCAAAGAAGCACCAGCAACUCUAUUCGCAGGCUUACUGGAUAGGGUGCUCCGUGUCAACCUUACCGCUCAUGCUGCCGCCAACAUGCUGUCAAACCCAGCAAACCGCGACCUCAUGUACGUGGAGUGGAUAAACAUAAUCAACCUAAGAAAGGUUGCCGAGAGUGUUCCGUCGAGGGGCAUGGAUGAUGUUGUGAAUCUCCUCCUCAAAGAGAUGCGUGAUCUCCUAGAUCCGGUUAACAUUCCAUGGGAAAUCGAAGGCCUGACCCUUCACGGAGAGAUGGCAAUGCGGAAUGGUCGGCAAUCCCAGGCAGGAAACCCUGAGGAAUCCACGGCCUCGAACGUUUUGGAUCGCUGGGUGAGCUUUCUUCGCUCCCUACCUUCGCACUUUCCCUACGCGUCACAUACCGAUAUUGUCUGGUGUGUUCAACGAUUAGGCACAGCCGUAAUGAGGGAUAUUACCCUGGGCCAAGGCAAGAGUUUUGGUUCUUGGUGGGUCACCAAGUGUUUUAUCGAUGAGAUGAUUCUCUUUUUGGCGGAAUACGGCGGGUUUCUCAAGCAAAAGUCGACACAUGAGUAUACGCUCCUUGUCUCACAGCAACAGGGCGCAAGCAACGAGGCAAGCAAUGAGGCAUCCAGAUAUAGAAGUGGAAGCGAUGAUUCCAGCGCGUCCCGAAUGUCCGAGUCGCAGCCAGAUCGGGCACGAUUCCCGGUGGCUGCAUCGACAGCCACCCAGCCGUCUGUCCAUGACGACAGUGGUAUAGGUAUUCGGACGCCCGAUGAAGAUUCUCCGAUUCAAAAGUUUGGCUUCCAAACGACUACUGCGAACUCGCAAGAUAUUUUUGCCGGCACGGAACUGCAGGAUGAGGACCAUUUGGCAGAUAUUUGA